GUGCUGAGCCGCUGGGUGUGCGGUCAACAAAGUCCGAGCCUCAGUUUGAGACUCCACCCCUUUACGAGCAUCGGGACACCUAGAGCACAACAAAGCAUGUGUCGCUCCGCUAUAUUGUUUCUCCAUUGAACGUACGGAAUAUAGGAUUUUGUUGGAUUUUGCCAUACCUUAUUCGCUUUCCCAUUGAUGAUACUUCUAGAUGGCUACCAUGACAACAGAGGCAAGUGCGGUGAGUGAAGCAGACACUGAGGGCAAGCAGAAGGCCAGUGGAGCCGAGCCCGAACCUCAAAACAAGCCGAAGUCAGGGGCAGCAGCGUCUGAGUCAGAAAAGGAGAAGCUGGGCAAGAAGGCCCAGGAGCAGGCAUCUGAGCCUGGGCCUGCUGAUGGUGCAACCUCCCCUGAGGAGGAGCAGCUGAAGCCCCGUACGCGAACCUCUGCUGGCAAAGGCCUGUCUCGCCUCUUCUCCUCCUUUCUCAAGCGCCGCUCACAGUGCUCAGAAGGAGAAGGGUUUGAGGCGGAGAAAGCCAAGGAGGAGAAAGCUGACAAAGAAGAAAAAGUAACCAAGGCAGAGCAGGAAAAGGUAGAAGAGGUAAAGACUGAGGAGAAAGAGGCAGAAGCAGAGGAGGAAAAAUCUGAAGAGAAAGAAUUAAAAAAGAGUGAGGAGGAACAGGUGGAACAAAAAGAGGAAAAGAAAGAAGAACGGGUUGAGAAAAAGGGUAGUAAGAAGAAAAGGAAAGAAAAUAAGAGAAAAGCUGAGGAAAGGGAUGAGGAGAGAUUGAAAAAGAAAGAAGAAGAAAAAGAGGAGGAAAAGACAAAGAAGAAAGAGGAGGAAAAGAAGGAGGAGAAAGCACAGCAGACAGUAGAAAAAGAAGAAAAGGAGGAAAAAUUAGAGACAAAAGGGGAUAAGGAGGAGGCCACCGAUGUGAAAGAGGACAAGAAAGCAGAUGUAGGAAGGAAGGAGAGUAAAGAAGAAGAAAAGGUUGACAAAAAAGUGGCCAAGAAGAAAGAAAAGGAGGAAAAAGCAAAGAGGAAGGAGGAGGAAAAAGCAAAGAGGAAAGCAGAGGAAGAUGAAAGCCCGCUCAAGAGGAGCACAAGCAACAGUCCAAGAUAA